AUGGCGAUGGCGCAGAUUCUCCUCCCCUCCUGCCCUUCCUCUUCCCCCCGCGGAGCCCCCCACCCUCUCCAUAGCUCAGCCGUCUCCGCUGCCCCGACGGCGGCGCUGUCCUUCUCCGGUCGCCGCCGGCGAAGCCUGUGCCGGAAGGGGAGCCCGGUGGGGCUCGUGCUCCGCUGCUCCUUGUCCUCGUCGGAGUCGCCGUCGUCGUACCCGCCGGCAGCGGCGGAUGUGGUGGAGCUCCCCCUGUUCCCGCUUCCCCUGGUGCUCUUCCCGGGGGCCAUUCUGCCGCUUCAGAUCUUCGAGUUUCGGUACCGGAUGAUGAUGCACACCCUUCUGGAAACUGAUCUCCGAUUCGGGGUCGUCUUCUCCGACGCCGGUUCCGUGGCCGGCGUCGGCUGCGUGGGGGAGGUCGUCAAGCACGAGCGCCUCGUCGACGACAGGUUCUUCCUCAUCUGCAAGGGCCAGGAACGUUUCCGCAUCACCCGACUGGUUCGCACCAAACCCUACCUGGUGGCGGAGGUGGCCUGGCUCGAGGACCGGCCGCCGCCGCCGGGGACUGCUGGAGCUGAAGGCGAAGAAGAUCUGGAGGCGCUCGCGUCGGAGGUGGAGCGGAACAUGAAGGACGUGAUCAGGAUUUCGAAUCGGCUGAACGGGAAGGCCGACAAGGAUGGUGCGGCGGCGGCGGCGGCCGAUCUCCGCCGCGGCCUGUUCCCCACCCCCUUCUCCUUCUUUGUGGGCAGCACAUUCGAAGGAGCUCCCCGCGAGCAGCAGACGCUCCUGGAGCUUGAGGACACCGGCGCUCGCCUGAGGAGGGAGCGGGACACUCUGAGGAACACCCUCAAUUACCUCACUGCUGCCUCCGCCGUGAAGGAUGCCUUCCCUUCUUCUCCCUCCUCCCCCCCCGCCACCUGA